GCCUCCGAGAGCCUUUGCCCGCCCUGGACGGCGCCCGCGCGUGCGCGGACCGCGGGGGGCGUGGCGAAGGGCGCGGGGGCGAGGCCUGAGGAGGCGCGGGGCAGUGACGCAAUGCGCCCCUAGUGGCGGGUGUCUUCGCGCCUUCGCUCUGUAGCCUCUGGAUUCCGUUUCCACGGUUACGGCGGCGCGCGAGGCUCGGUCCCAGGUAAGAUCCGGGUGGAACGGAAACGUGAUACUUGAGGGACCGAAGGCAGCAAGGCUUAGGGGAGCGGGGAAGCGGGACCUGGGCUCGGGGUCGGGGGAGGUCUAACCUUUCGCCCCUGUGCGUGCCCCCACUGCGGGCUCUGGUUAGCUCUGCCCCGCGAUUCCCCAAGGAUGCUGUUCCGCCCACUAGUGUUCUUCUGCCCCACGAACUGUCCUGGACCCCCACAACCCCUCUUCCUGAGUCUCCCAGCUGCUGACCUCACUCUUCUCUGUCGCCAAGUCACUGACAUGCAGCUGUUUGUCCGUGCCCGGGAGCUGCACACUCUUGAAGUGACCGGCCUGGAGACAGUUGCCCAGAUCAAGGCUCAUGUGGCCUUCCUGGAGGGCCUCACCACUGAAGACAAAGUCGUGCUUCUGGCAGGUUCUCCCCUGCAGGAUGAAGCCACCCUGGGUCAGUGUGGGGUAGAAGCCCUGGCAACCCUGGAAGUGGUUGGCCGAAUGCUAGGAGGUGAGUCGGGCUGCAAGAGGCCAAGCUGUACCAUGGGGUUCUUUACGAUCCUUACACUUACUCACUUUGUUUGCCUUUCGCAGUGUCUAGCAUAUUUUGCCUUAAUUUACCGUGUCUAAAAGUCGGCUGAUUUUGUGUUAAA